GACCUGUUGCGCGUCGACGCCCAACCGUUUAAUGCACUCAUAACAACAACAGAAAAAUGACUUUUUUGGAAUCCUGUUGGUCACCAUUUAUCUGGACGAGUAGUGUUACGGCAGGAUGCAAUGCCAUUGCUUUUUACACAAUUGCAAUGAGUAUAGUACUCAUUACAUUACUUUCUUACCAACUGAAUGGAGGAGAUUCAACCCAAUUGUAUAAUCCAUUAUUCGAAGCUGAUGUCAGGGGAUCUAUGCAAGUUGUUGGAGGCUUCUUCAUUUUUUAUUUUCUUAUGCUGAUCAUAAGCGCACUGUUAAUGGUAUAUGCAGUAAGGGAGCGAAUACGAGGAUGGUUACUCCCAUGGCUCAUAUUAUGGUUUGUUGCAUGUCUCUUCCAAUUAGUUUUUGGACUUUGGCUCAUAGGAGGAUACUACAUCUAUCUUGAUACAGUUUUUGCAGCAAUGUGCAUCUGGCUUUGGAUGUCAUAUAAUAUAUACUGUUGGCUUGUCGUUUUGUCUAUGUAUAAAAUAUUUGCAAAGCUGCAAUCACCAAAUAUAGAGCUUCUAUGACCCUAAGUACUCACAAAGCUACUUGUAGGACAUAGAGUACAUUGAUUGACACCAAAGUACG